CGACGGUCAGUAAUACGUCGCCGCCGACGGUGGGGAGUCGGUGUCGGAACCGACGGGAAGACGCCGCGGCCGGUGGCGUCGGAAGAGCACCGGCCAUGGGGAGGGAAGAGAUACCGAACGGCCGAGAGCGAGGACGGAGAUAGGAGGGAGGUGGCCGAAACAGGUGGUUGCUCGCUUUAACGACCUCGGCUGGAGCUGCUGACGGCAGCGCCACCACGGCUGCAGCGGCCGUUCCCUGAACUACAGGGAUGGCUGGCGGGACGAGGUGCAAUAAUGCGUGGUGGUACUGCCUGCUCCUGGCGGUAAUUGGCUGCGCCCGGGCCAAUCUCAACAUAUACGCCGACAGAGCCGAGGUCCACCGUAUAACAGGCGUGCACGGCUCCCGUAUCUUCUACAUCCAGGAGGGUGUCAUCAACAAGUACGCCAUGGGCUACGUGGUGCCGGUGCGAGCCAACAUCAGCAGCAUCAACUUCCACUGGCAGAGCCUCGUCCGCCGACCGAUGCCAUACGAGAUCAGUUUCCGGUGGAACGACCCGGAGGCCAUGGACGAGCCACGUGCCAACGUGUCGUACGUGGGCUACGUGCCGCGCGUGGAGAGUGUGUUCAGUGUGCUGUUCCCCUGCACCGGGCGGGUCAGCGCCGUGGUCAGCGUCGACAUCAUGCUCAACAUCACCACCUACCAGCCCAAACAGGCCAUCAUCUUCCUCAAACUGAAGCGCAGCAAGACAUGUUUGCAAGGUCAACCGACGCCCCUGAACGAGGCGGCCAACGACACGGUGCGUCUGGUGCUGGGCGGCGCCGAGCAGGACCUCAGUCUGGUGCUGGGCGUCACGGGCGCCAUCGGCGUCACGUUCGUCACACUCGGAGGCGUGAUGAUGUUCUACGUCCGACAGCGCAAGGCCGCUCUCAGCCCAGGGUAUGCUGGAACCGUGACCAGUGGAAGUCGAGUGUUUCUGAAGAACAUCUCCAAAAACUACCAGACCAUAGACAUGAUGGCCAGGAGCUGCAGCUACGCCACAAUUGCCAGCUACAAGAAAGCUCCGCUUUUAGAUGGAGUUGUCCAGCCACCAUCAUCACCGCUACUGAUAUCUAACAAGCGCGGUCUGAGUGACGUGACGUCACUCCCUCAUGUUGGGAGUGACGUCAGCCACCACACGACGUCACUGCACGGAGCAACCAUCACGUCACUGCCCGUGAAAAUGUCGCAGCAUUACGCCUCGUCUCAGGUGUCUGUGACGUCCCACGGGCCGGACGGCGCCGACCGGCAUCCCUCCGAGUACCCGGCCGUGGACCGGCGUGAGCUGGGCCUCACUGACCUGCUGGCCGAGGGCGGUGUAGCUCGGCAGUACCGCGCCACCGUCGGCCGCCGGCCCUGUCUGGUGAAGACGGUGACGGCGCAGGCCAGCCCGCAGCAGUGCCGGCAGCUGGUGGCCGAAGGACGGCUGCUGGCCGGCUGCUGCCACCCGGCGCUGCUACCAGCGCUCGGCUGCACGGCCGACACGGGGCCGCCGUGCGUGCUCUACCCGGACCUGGGCACGGCCAGCCUGCGCCGCUUCCUGGCCACGUGUCGGCUGGAGGGGGCCGCCGGCGCCGGCCCGGUGCUCCGCCAGCAGACCAUGGUGGACAUGACGGUGCAGCUGCUGUCCGGCUUGGUGCAUCUGCACGGCCGCGGCAUUGUCCACAGGGACGUGGCCGCCAGAAACUGUGUCGUGGACGACCGUCUGCGGGUUCGUCUGGCGGACGCAGCGCUCAGUGCCGAGCUGUACCCGGACGAGUACUCUCGGCUGUCGGACGGAGCCCGCCGGCCCAUCCGCUGGGCGGCGCCCGAGUCGCUGCUGCGCGAGCGCCACUCGCCGGCCAGCGACGUCUGGUCGGCGGCCGUCACCGCCUGGGAGGUGACCUCGCUGGGUCAGCUGCCCUUCUCCGAGCUCAAGGACCCGCUGGAGGUGCUGGUGCUGCUCAGAGAGGGCUACCGGCUGGCUCGGCCCACCGCCUGCCCCACACAAAUGUACACUGCACUGCUGAGCUGCUGGUCCCUGGAGCCUGAGCAGCGGCCGCAGCCGUGUGACCUGCUCGGCUGGAUGCAGGAUCUGUCGGCUUCGUUUGACCGGCUCAUCUAGCCAACCAGAGAGAACUCAGCUCUUCUGUGGUUAAACACACACAAGAGGCCCGCCCGGUGGUUCAGUGCCGCGUCAGUGUGAACAAUCCAUCCAUUUGUGUACUGGAAAGAGGGGAGUGGUUUACAUAGGUGUUACGUUCGUGUAAGCUGGUGUGACUGCGUAUGUGUUUAGGUGGAAUUUCGUGUUUGUAUGGAUUUGUAUCUUUAUUUUUGUUUUAAAUUAUUUGAAAAUUUGAUGUGUUAUUGAUAGUUGAAACGUUGCAACAGUGUCGUUUGUUUUGUCACCAUGUUUACGAUUAUUUUAGUCUUAUAAUGAACGUUGGGUGAAGAGGUUGAUGUAAAAGUCAUCCACGCCGUUAGUUGUUCAACUAUGACAGGUGUUCAAGCUAUAUUACCGGUUGAGCUUAGUCAUCGGCAGUCUCCGGUUUCGCAGUUCACGCUAUGACAAUUGCACAGCGAUCGCGUCGUUAUUGAGUUCAUGUUCCUAUUUAUACGAGUAUUCCUUAAAGUUCGUCACGUUUCUACCUGACCUGUUGUCGAGCUUAUCGGACACGUUGUGAUGCUGGGGCACAUCGGCACUUUUAGAGUGUCAGCUUUAGACCGCAGUGCUUCAACUGCGGAAAUCUGGAUAAUGACUGAACGGUCGCAUGCCAUUUCUAAGUAGAAGAUAACAGUAUCGAGGAACUAACAAACUACAACAAUCUCUAAUGAGUGAAAUAUUGUUGGUUCCGUGACGUUUUAGUAAUAGCUGUCGCAAGGCCAUUCAUAGCUAAGUGUAGUUUGAAAUUAAAUCAUCGGUUUUGAAAUACUUUUUAUAGCCUACGGAAAGCUUUGCGUCUAAGAUUUAAACUUGUGUGUCAUUGGUCACCAAUUAAAUAAUGCCCUCUGAAUGUCACUAAGACGAUUAAUUGAACAGGUUAAAAGGUCCAGCAGCAAAGACUUUGCGUAAAUCACGCCGUUUCGCAAAAAGCACAAUUGCUAUAGGGCAGUUCGUAUGCACUUGUUUGUUCAAUCGCUGUUCCUGUGUCACGUAGGGAAUGAGUCGCGUCCAGAUGGCUCGAUGCUCCGUUUCCCCGUGUGGUUCGCUGUUUAGGAGGUUUUUGAUCGGUUGAGUGACGCAUAAAUAGUACCUCCUUGUGACUGGUGUCCCAUGUUGCAAUGUUAUGAGAGCGUUCAGCUUAAUAUUGAACGAUAAUACAUGUAAAAUAUUUACUACUGCAUAUUCUGAUAUGUUGGUCGAAUUUUACCGCUGAAAGUUUCCAGCCAAUAUAGGAGACAAAGCGAGCGUACGUAAUGUGAGGGCUUUGUGAAAUACGGCUGCUGCUACACACAAAGCCUCUCGUGGUAUUACUCGCCUCCGCGUGAACAUACUUUAGCAAAAAUCAGCGGCGUGUAAAAUUGGAGUAUGGUUUAUGUGUUCUGUUUGGACGUUGUCUGCCCGGCACGCUCGCUAGUAAAGCUGUCAAACGCUAUAGCGAGAUUAAUUCGGACGCGAUGAAGCCGGAAAUGUGUGCAAUGCCAGAUAGUAGAAUGUAGCAAGAUUUGAGGAUGGCAGAAAAGGAUGAAUCCCACUUAUUUGUA